UAUGGCGCUCUUGUGGUUUCGAAAGGGGCUGAGGCUCCACGACAAUCCAUCGCUGGAAGCCGCGUGCCAUGGCUCGCGAAAUGUGUAUCCAGUCUUUGUUUUGGAUCCUUGGUUCUUGGCGCCGGAUCCAAGAGCGUCAUCGCCAGGGUCUGCUCGAGUUGGGAUCAAUCGCAUCCAGUUCUUGCUCGAGAGCUUGCAGGAUCUGGAUCGAAAUUUGAGCUCCCGGGGAAGUAAGCUCCUGCUCGUCCACGGCAAUCCAAUCCAAGUAAUUCCAGAGCUUCUUGACAAGUGGAGAAUCAGGAAGUUGUGCUUUGAAUUUGACACGGAACCCUAUGCAUUGGAUCGAGAUGCUAAGAUCAAGGAGCAUGCUAAAGACAAAGGAAUUGAGCUCCACUGUCCUGUGAGCCACACUAUUUUCAAUCCAGAUCUUCUGAUAGCGAAGAAUGGUGGCAAGGCACCUCUAACCUUCCAAUCCUUCUGCAAAAACCUUGUUCCAGCCACAAAGCCAAUUGGAAAUGGUCCAUCUGCGAUUCCUCCGACUGGUGAUCUUCAUGGGAUCAAAGUGGUCCCAGUUCCAACACUUGAGGAGCUCGGUUAUGCCGAUUUUCACGAGGAUUUUUCUCCGUUUCGUGGUGGCGAAACUGUAGCACUAACUCGGUUGGAGGAUAGUCUUGCGAACGAGAAGUGGGUAUGCGAAUUCGAGAAGCCCAAAGGAGAUCCAACUGCGUUUAUAAAGCCUGCGACCACGGUUCUUUCUCCAUACUUGAAGUUUGGCUGUCUUUCCUCCCGGCUUGUCUACUCUCGCGUUAAGGAGGUCUAUUCCAGGGCGAAGUCGUUUACGAGUCCUCCAGUUUCUUUGGAAGCUCAGCUCUUGUGGCGGGAGUUCUUCUAUACUGCUGCAUAUGCUACUGCGAAUUUUGACAAGAUGGUUGGGAACCCCAUUUGCAAGCAAAUCCCUUGGAAGGACGACGAUGAACUUUUGAGUGCUUGGAGAGAUGGACGUACUGGUUAUCCCUGGAUAGACGCUGCCAUGACACAGUUACGAAAAUGGGGAUGGAUGCACCAUCUAGCUCGUCAUGCAGUCGCUUGUUUCUUAACAAGGGGUGAUAUGUUUGUAUACUGGGAGAAAGGCCGAGAUGUCUUCGAUAGGCUUUUGAUUGACGCCGAUUGGUCUAUCAACAAUGGUAACUGGCUUUGGCUCUCAGCUUCUGCGUUUUUCAAUCAGUACCAUCGAAUUUACUCCCCAAUCACGUUUGCAAAGAAAUACGAUCGUCAAGGGAACUAUAUCAAGCAUUUUCUCCCCGUUCUAAAAGAUAUGCCGCAGGAGUUUAUCUACGAGCCAUGGAAAGCUCCAGCUGAGAUUCAGAGGAAAGCAAAGUGCAUCAUCGGGAAAGACUAUCCAACACCUGUGCUCGAUCAUGCUGCUGCCAGUAAAAUCUGUCGGGAGAGAAUGGGAGCGGCGUAUGCUCUAAGCAAAUCGUCGCAUGGGAAUGUCUCGCGGGAACAAGUAGAUGAAUUGCAAGACACGCUCACCGAUGUUCCGACUAGUAGCACCUCUAAGAACAAGAGACAAAAGCAAUCAAGGAUAACAGAUUAUUCAGCCUAAUUUAAUAAAACUCAUAAGACAUGCCCUUGGUACUGAUGACGGCACUAGAAAGAAAAAAUACUAAACGUAUUUGUAAAGGAAAAGGUGGAAAGAAUAUUAUCAUCUAGGAAAA